AUGGAUCACGAUUUCGAUGAACAGUGUUCCAAAUUGGCCUCUUUUAGGAAGAAAGUGAUUGCUUCAUUGAGUGACGACGACCCACUAAAGAAGAGAUUACAAAUUGAAAUUAGGUUACGGCAGAGAUGCGAGACAUUUAUAAAUAAUACGAGAGACUUAAAAAAAGGUAGGUACGAUAAUAUCGGUUUAGAUUUUAUGCAAUCGAUGUUAUUAGACAAUGGAAAGUUACGAACUGCAUGCAAAAUUCAUAGUCUUUAUUCGAAUAGAACCUCUCCAUCUCCAAAUUCUAAUAAAGGAGACGGGAUAGAAGCAGGUACUUCUCAACAGGUAGAGUUUAACUGUCAGGUAGAUAAGGGACUUAAAUAUGCUGAAAGACCUGUUUCAAAACAUGAUGAACUACAAACUAGAGAGAGUCGAAAAAAUAAGAAGACUACCAUGGAGGAUCAUAAUAAGGAUUAUGAAAAUGUUCCGGAAGCUCCUGAAUUCAUAUGCAAUACAGAAACUAAAGUAGCCCCAUCCCUAUCCGGAACAUUAAAUUCAGUGCCUAACUUACUGACCGUAAAUCUAGCAAAGGACGUAGGGUCAUCAACCGCGAAGGUGAAAAAACCACAUGCCGACAUAAAACAAAAUGGAUCUAGUGGUAACGAAGAUAGCAAUAAUACCUUAUCAAACUAUGAAAAAGCGUUUAGAACCAAUUCCAGUUCAAUUUCAAGUGUUAAAUUCAAAUCAGAGAACCAGCCAUCCGGAGAAAAUGCGUCGAGUUCAACUAAAAUGUUUAAUGCUCUAUUGCCGCUCUCAAAUAUUUUACCCGUAUGUUCAAGGGAUAAUGAUGAUUCUACCAGCUCAGACAAUACUAUUCCAUCUGUUAACUCCAGUCUUGCAUCUAUAGCGGAUCAUUCAACUACCAAUGGUAACAUGUGGUCUCCGAAUGCCAGCUUGCACCCCAAAAUGCCCAACUCUAGCACAACCAACUUGCAUAAUGACCAAACAGCAAUGAUACCGGUUUUUUUACCUGUCAAAAUCUACCAGGCCCAAGAGGAUUCAAGAAACUCUGAUGAAAGAUACCAUUUCCAUUUACUAAACGGAUCAAAAUUAUUUCCUAAUGUUUCUCCUUCAACUAAAGCUACAGCAGACAGUGCUUCCCCCAAGGAUAUGUCCGAUUUAUCUCAUGUAACGAAUAAUACUUGUGAGAAGAAUACUAAAGUUAUUAAGAAGGUCAAGGCAACGGACCUCUUUGAUGGAGCUGAAUCGUCUACUGGUGGUAGGAAGUCGUCGAAAAAGAUUAAAAAAGCCCAGCGCCAUGUUACAAAUGAUCAGCAGGGUACAAAUGAGGUCAUUGAAGAGCAGUUUAGUAUGAAUAAAUCUCCAGUACCGAAAUCAUUGAAGAAAAUGAGAAAAGUUGCUCGAAAAUAUAACCUGUAA